AUGGACUAUCUACAUGUAUAUAACAACAACCAUGCUUAUGUACCCAGGACACCCACGGGUAAACCGUGCCUAUCGCCUAUUCUUCCCCCAAUCAUACUGGCGCUAAACCAGCAACGGCCACAAACAUUCGAAUAUUCCAGCCCCAGGUGCUUGCCCACACCCAUAUUGCCCUCUAUGAGCGCAAAUGUGCAGGUUUGCUGGCCACAACAGGCUCUCACUAUUCCUGUCCCUGUACGAAGUGACACUAGAAUGAUACCCAUGAUCACACCCGUGGCUUCCCCAAGGUCACAGUUUGAAGUAACGACUCCUUCACCCUCGUUGGCCCCCGUCGCCAUAAGACUGCCAGAUUUGAGACUGCCACCUUCGCCUGUGUCCGCCACAGUAAAGGGCGACACGAUACUGCCAAUCCUGCCCAAGAUCGUGAUCGGUAAUAACAGCAGCAACGCUAGGCUUUCCAAAAAUGAAGAGUUGGUCAAAGGGAUCCCAGACUACAUUGACUGUGCAAGGACAAGAGCACAAUUGAGCAAAGUCAAAUCCGGUAAGCAGUUAAUUGCAUGUGCACAAGAGUAUCACCACGCUGUAAACGAUGAUGAGAUUGGCAAUAUCACCAAUAUCCUAAAUUUCAGGGAUUUCAUUUUCAAACAUCCCAAAUCCUCCUUCGAAUCGCUGUGUAUCCUAUCGUUCGAACAAUUUGUUAGGGUGUACGCCUUCAUCAGCUUCAUUUACAAGACGAAAAAGGUCAACAAAAACAAGUAUGAACUCAUUUGUGAAAUGAACGUUCACGAACAACUCAGCAAUAAGCGCAUCCAAAGGACAAGGACUCCGGAGAAGUACAAAAUACAUUUGAUCUGCGAAUCUAAACUUAUACUGACCUUCAACCACUGCACCAGGACAGUCAAGUUCGAGUCUAUCAAUGGCGGACACUGCCAUCCCAUAUCGGCCAAUCACAUCAUCAAGCCCUCCCUGUUCCUGGUCCACUGUAUUAAACAAUGCCACCAAACGGCAACAGACCCCACCGAUCUGAAGUUAGCGUUGAGAGACGUCUUAAAAGACCUUGACCACGAAAGAGUAGGAUUGCCAUAUUUAAAGAGACGACAUUUUAAAAACUUGUACCAGGCAUCGUCGCUAUCACAAGCCCAUGUCACGCCAAAGAAGCCGGAAAACCAUAACACACUAAGCAUGCAUACGGGAAUCAUCCCUACGGGCAAUUUCUUCAUGUUCAAUGCAUCUAGCGAUAUAUUUCAAAGGAACUAA